UGUUCCCCCCCCUCAUGCUGUAACACAUCUGGAUACCAGGGCCUGGGGCUCUGGUCUGUGAUGUUUGAGACAGUCGGAAUUGGAAUCCUUUUGCUGGGGGCCUGUGGUUCCUGUGAGGAUACGGCGGCUGAUGACGUAGGUGUGCACAUGAUGGGUCGCAUAUCAGAGCUCCUUUCCCCGGAGGAAUGUCAUGACUUCUAUGUUCAGAUCACCGGCCCAGAGGAGAACGUGGAGGAGGAGCUGGAGAGGCUCUCCGAGGCUAAGAACCCAAUCCGCUCUCGCCACCGGCGAGACAUCAUCAGCACAGAGCAAUGCAAAGAGGUCCUGACCCAGUGGCUCGAAGCAGAAGGAGAUACAGUGUACUGGGACCGUCUUUCCCGAGCUCUCCGACACAUCAGGCGCCCGGACAUCUCCCAGGAGCUGGGCAAGAACUUGAACCAGGACAAGAACCUUGAGCUACAGAGGAACGUGGAAGAGUAUCACAAAGUGGUGGCACAUCUGACCUCCUCGCUGCUGCUGGAAGAGGAUGAGAAAUAUGGAGAGACAAACCAGCACAGCAGAGAGCGGCGGGCGGAUGGGAAAUCCCCCAGGGGGAGUGGGUUGAUGCAGGAAGACUGGGAUGACAUGGACCUCAUCAUUGAAAGGAAACCACUCCCUCCGUACAACAGGAGCCUCUUCGAGUGGGUCAGCCCAGUGGCUUCCGGCUUCAUUGGAGGGUUUUUAGCUUCUUUUGUCCUCAUGGCUCUUGCUAUUUACUCCUGUUUCUGGACCCUCAACCAAGGCUCUAUGGAGAUUUCCCAUUGUUACCCAGGGUCCCAGCCUGAGCCUACGGCUCACAAAUCCUUGUUUGAGUAUGACCUUAACUAUGGCUUGAUCUUAGAUGAAGACUUCACGGACAGUCUGGAUGGGGAUUCUUCCGAUGACACCAGCUGUGAAGGAGAGCCUUAAUUUGCAUGUGAAACUUUUCCAUCCACAGUUCCAUGAGGCACAGCCAAUAAAAUGCUCCUUGUUUAUGGAAUUGAGCCAGGAGGGUGGGUUGAUAGAUAUGUAAAAGUGUGCAAUGGAUAGAGAUUGCAAAAGCUUUAGACUUCAAAGCAUGCUUCCCCUUUUGUCUUUUAAGACCUUCCAAAGUCUUAAAUCUUCUGUAGAGCAUGAACCAGCUUCUGGCUAACUACUGGGG